GUGGCGACAUACGCCAUUACUACCGUACCGUACCGUGGUCGUUGUCGACUGUGCCGAGUAGUAUACACACACGUGUCCGUGCGAUCAACAAUCGUGUGCAGUGUUUUGUGAAGAUAUGUGUCGGAUUGUUAAGAAUGAUGUUGCCUAUUUUCGAUUAAUCUAGAGCGAGAGAGAGAGAGAGAAGAAAGUGUGUGUUUUGUGUGCUUAGAAGUGUUCUGUGCCGAGUGCUUAGAUGAGCAGUUUACGUUAAGAACUUCCCCAAACGGAUUUGUUGCGAAAAACCAAAAAGCCACCAAAAAAUGUCCCGCCGGAAGCAGGCUAAACCGAGAGCUCUCAAGCACGAAGGUGACGAAGAGACCGGAGCAACGGAAGGUACUGAGGGCACGGGGAAAAGCACGAUCGUGGAUGUGAAAAGUGAUAGCAUGCUAGAGGACAUUACCGAUGAUGAGGAUGAGGUCGAAGAUGAUGACGAUGAAGGUGACGAGCAGGAUUUGGACGGCUCAAGUGGUGACGAUGAGCCCGAACCAGAGGUGAAAGUAAAUGUUGCGAAAGAGGACAACGCUCGAUGCAAGGAUGUGGAAAGUAUGUGUGAAACGGAAACCGUGAAUCCCGGUGAAGGAAUGUUUAGUGUCACACAGCAUGCAGCGGAAAUCAGGGUGGAUAAGCGGAUGGACGAGGGUCGCGCAAAAAGCAAUCACAUUGUGGAUCAUUAUCCUGCACCGGGGGAAGAAGUGGUGGCAAGGAGUGAGGCUGUUGAAUCGGAUCAAACCAAACAACCCUCCGAUAGGGCAUCCUCCGUACAGUCAAGGGAUUCUGUGGAGCGAUCUGCAGACACGGAGCCGGUCGAAGAAAACAACGAUGACGUUAAUGAGGAAAUCAUCGAAGAAGCCGAUGAUAAUAACGAUGAUGAGGUGCAGGAUGAUGAUGAUGAUGAUGAGGAGAUAGACGACGAUGAACUGCUCGAAGAUGAUGACGACGAAGAAGAGGAAGGUGAGCGUAUGCGACUGGACGGCAACGGUCAGGAUGUGGACGAUGAUGAUGAGGAUGAGUUCACCUCGGACAGCUUUUGCUCAGAACUCUACUCAUCCCACACAUCGUCCAGCUUUUCGCCCUCCAUCUCGGACGGCAUGACAACGCCCAAUUCCAUCACAAACGAUACCAACGAUGGGUCCCUGCAUGGGCUGGGAUCGGCCGAAGAAAAACCCUACCGGCAGGGAAGUAACCAUCAUCACAUACAUCCGCGCCAUCACCAUCUUCAUCAUCGACGAACGGGCGGUGGCACGGGCGGACAUUCAUCGUCCGCCAAGGAAGGUGGCAAAUCAUCCUCCUUAAAGCAUCACCAUCAGCUGAAUAAUAAUAGCAGCAGUCACAAUCACAACAACAAUAACAACAACAACCAUGGGAGUAAUAGCAAGGGCCUGAACAGCACCUACCACUGUCAGUUCUGUGAGAAGACGUUUCCGCGGCUCGGCUAUCUUAAGAAGCAUGAACAGAGCCACACGGAACACAUGCCAUUCAAAUGCGAAUACUGUGCCCGACUGUUCAAGCACAAGCGAUCGCGCGAUCGACACACGAAGCUGCAUACGGGCGAUCGACGCUACCGUUGUCUACAUUGCGAGGCUGCAUUCUCCCGAAGCGACCAUCUAAAGAUUCACAUGAAAACGCACGACAACCAGAAACCGUUCCAGUGCACGAUCUGUAACCGGGGAUACAAUACGGCGGCCGCCCUUACCAGCCAUAUGCAGAACCACAAGAAGCAGCUGGCACUGACCGGCAGUCCUAACCUGACGUACAGUCCGCGCUCCACCACAAGCUCUCUUUCGAGUGGUGGAGGAGGAAGUGGUGGUGGUGGUGGUGGUGGGAAGAGAGGAUCCAAGUUCUCGCCCUACUCGAACGAUCCUUUGCUGCUGAUUGGUCGGAGUAGUUCCAAGCUGUCGUCCACGCUGGCGAAAGCUUCCUCCGGCAAUGCUGGGUGCAAUCGUACUCCAACACCGGGAAGUACGGGAGGAACGAGUGGACCUCCGACCGGAAGUCAUGCCGAUAUGCUGUCCUGUCCGUACUGCACAAGAACCGAUUUCACCACACUGGAACAGCUGGGAGUGCACGUACAAUCCAUGCACGGUCAUGGUGCGCUAGGAUUACUUGGUGCGGACACCCCAAUGCCCUACUUCACACCCGGUGGUGGUAAUCGACGGGCAGUGACACCGGAUGCUAGCUCGCUGUCGCUUGGUAGCCUCGGCGGUCCUUACCCUCCGAUCACCUGCGAGUUCUGCACGAUGAAGUUCCCGACCGUACCGCUGAUGUUUGCUCACCUGAAAACCGCCCAUCUGGACCGUUUGACUGGGUCCGUCGGGGCAUCAGGACCACCGCAGCGAAACUCACCGAACGGAUCACGUCCACCGAGCGGGUUCCAUCCACUGGACCAGCUACACUUCAACAAGAGUCUGCUCGGGAACGCUUUUCCUUCCUUCUACGGUGCGAUGGGGGGUUCUACGGCGCACGUUUCGGGAAUGUCCGGUGGUAGCGUUAAGGUGGAGAAUCGACCAGCAACCGGUGAUAUGAAUGGGGGACGAGAUGAGAAUGGGAACGAAUCGAGUGAGGUGGGCAGGAAGCGCAAGCGAAGGGGACUCGAAGAUGGCGAUAGGGAGGAAAGUGAUCGUAAAAAUGAUGAAGAACACGAUGUGGAAGACGAAGAUGAUGAAGGUGAUGAUGCUCCGCGGGAUGAACACGAUCGACCAGCUAAUGCUGAAACAGUCGAAACGAAAGGCACACAGAUAAAGCAGGAAAGGAAGGAAGAACCCGAAAAUGCCAUUCCCGAAACUGCAUCCCCAUCCACCUCGACAAGGUCCUCGCCCUGUGAUUCGUUGGGUUCGAUUGGGCAUCCAGCGAGCCACCCACCGUCCGGGCGGAACAGUCCCACGGAACAGCUCACUCCGACCGAUCUUAGUCAGCCGAAGAUGAAACGGUUAAAGCUAGAAACGUUGCUGGAGCACGAAGAACUGCCCGACCUGGAGCGGAAGAUGAUGGUUGGGGCUGGUCGGACACAUAGUCGGGACCACCACAAACAACAACGUGGUCCCUCGAAUCGACGCGAAGCAGGUGAUGCAAAGGAACCAAAUCCGUCUACCACACAGCAGCAGCACAUUUCCGUUCCUCAGCCACACUCCACAGGAACGAGCUGUAAUGUGCACCAGCCUUCGCAGCAGUUGGGUGCUCCUGCUUCUACCGCAUCCCAGCACGUCCAUCAGCUGCCGGGAGCUUAUCUCUGCAAUCAGUGCAAUGCAGCGCUGCCUGAUUUUGAAUCCUUCCGAACACAUCUGAAGGCUCAUCUGGAGCAGAGUGCUGCUAAUGCGGCGGCGGCAGCCGCCAUGCGACUCUCCUCCGGCGAUCACUCAAGCGGUCCUCCAGGCGGUACCACGAAUAGCUCCUCAGCAUCCGGUACAUCCAGUGGAUCGCUAUCCCACACAACGUUCCUCUGUCAGCAGUGUGGAGCAACCUCGAGUUGCCAGGCCGAGUAUGAGCAGCACACGAUCGGUCACUUUCUCGUGAUGGCGGUAGAAUAUCGCUGUCAGGCGGCGAACGCUAGUGGAUCGUCGUCGGGAAACUCCUGCAGCACUAAACCUUCCUUCAGCAAGGUGGAAGACCUGCACAAACACCUCUACGAGGGUCACAUGCAGCUGCUGUACAAGUGUACCGUUUGUGGGGAAACGUUCGAGUCUAAGGUGCAGGUGCAGGUCCACUUUGCCGUGAGCCAUUCGGUUGAGGUGAAGCUGUACCGAUGUUCGGCCUGUGUGGAGGUGUUCCGAUCGGAGCGUGAUUUUAGGCAACACAUCCGGAACCGUCACUUGACAGCCGGGUCGAUCCAAUGUAUGUUCUGUCGCAUGGUUUGCUCGUCCGAGCUCGAGAUGCACUUCCAUCUCGCGUCGCACGCCAGGAAGUUUAAAUGUCCUGCCUGUCCAGAAUCGUUCCACGUGGAGUUCCUACUGGACCGCCACAUUCAGACGCACCACAGUCAGAAGGAAACAGGCUCACCGAACCGUAGAGAAGUCACCGCAUCGUCUACUGCACCGUCAACCACUUCGAAUCCUUCUUUAACGGCCUCAACGGCAUCGGGGACGUCGGUUUCCACAACGGUAACUUCGGCAGUGGCAGGUCUCGACUAUCUUCACCUGCAUGGUCAGAUGGCAGCGAUGGCAGCAGCUGCUGCGUGGCCCAGUCUUUACCAGACCGCCAACAAGUUCUACAGCAAUCCGCUCCAGGUGGACACACUGAGUCAGCUGAAGCAUCCACAGCACCUUCUGCACGGAUUCUACGACACGAUGCUCGGAAAGGCACACCAACAGCAGCAGCAGCAGCAGCAGCAGCAACAGCAACAACGUGUCCCAUUCCUUCCGGACACGCCGACUGGACCUGGAGGCAAGAAGAACCCUUUCUCAGGACACUCUCCCAACAGCAGCGCUACCAACGCACUACUCGGGCUUGGAUAUGGAACAGCACCAACAACUUCUGGGCCAUCACAGCCUCAAAGAACUGCUGGACAGCAGCACACGCUUAAUGGGACUUCAUCCGGACUGUACUCACCUGAGGAACAGAACGCCGGAGCAUCGAGUGUUUCCGCCACCGCCACUUCGAAGCUUUACUCUCCUAUUGCCAUGAUCCAACGGUAUGGUGAUAGUAAUGGCGGCGCGACACGUCCCACUGUAGAAUCUCCACCAUCAACCGGUCAGCUUCUUUUAGCAUCAAGCUCAUCUCUCGGACUGCCCGACCAUCAUAACGAACCGACGGCAAGAAAGACGAACCACCCGUCAAGCGCCAAGACAGCUUCGAGCGCUCCCAACACAGUCACUUCGAACAGCUGCUACAGCUGCGGUAUCUGCGAGCGGUCCGAUUUCACCACGGAAAGCGAGGUGCAAACCCAUCGCAAGAUUGUCCACAACUUAAAGACGGGCGUUAGCUUACGGUGCGCCUACUGCAACGGAGACUUCCGGUCGAGGAAUGAGCUGGAGAACCACAUGAAGGUCGCACACAAUACGGGCGGUGGCAAGCACAAGUGUUUGAUUUGUGACGAAAUCUUCCCAUCGCCGGCGGUGCUUGCGGAGCACAAGCUGUCCCACUGCAAGGUUGGUGCGUCGGGGCGCUGCUCGCACUGUAGCCUACCGCUGCCCGAUGCGCACACCUUCAAGCAACAUCUACAGGCUCACCAGGUUGUGACGGGUGGUGGAAGUUCGACGAAUUCUUCCACAGGAACGUCGGGAGCAGGUUCCUGUUCUGCUAGCGGACAGAACGGUGGUUCUUCUUCCACAGGAACCAAUGCUAGCACGUCCGGGAGCAGCAGUGCGGAGCAGGAUCGAUUCCCUCAACAGUGCAUCUGCUGUCGGCAAACGCUCAACUCCGAGUUUGAGAUCAGUCUGCACGCCAAAUUCCACACCAAAUCGCCGGACACGAACGAGCGUACGUGUGCCCUCUGCCUGGAACCGCUUCCAUCACAGCCCGAAUCCAGCACCAAGAUUUGUGACCCCUGUCUAAAGCGUCACAACUUCCCCACGAAGCUGCUCUCGAUGAAUUUCCUUAAGCCUGGUGCAUCUUCAUCCCUACCAGCAGCUACGACCAUCGGUGGCCCCAUCGUCGGAACGGCAGGUAUUCCCGCCGUCGAUGGAAGGACUCCGGUUUCCGCCUCCAUCCAACAGGAACAGCAAGCAUCCACUGGAAGGGAUGGCUCAUCGGCUUCAUCCUCCACGUCGUCACCGUUCCAGUGUAAUCUCUGCAAGAAACCACUUCCCUCGGGCCAGAAGCUACAGGAGCAUCUGAUCGAUCACACGUUCGCUGGCUGUGAAGAACGAGGCUAUGUGUGCUACCUUUGCUCUGCCGUGUUUACGUCCUCCGCUGGAUUGCAGGCCCAUCUUCCGGUGGCACACUCGAACGCAGCGGCAAAACCGUACGACUGUGAACGCUGUGGCGUGGCGUACUUCUUCCGUGCCGAGCUAGAGCAUCACCUGAUCGAUCAUGAGCUGGGAAGAACGAUCAGACCGUUGGCGGCUGGCUCAUUUGACCAUCCACCAGCUGUAAGGACUGGAGACGGUGAGUGGCAGCACUCUAGGCAGCCCUCUCCGGUGUCGGAUGAUGACGGGUUACAGCGGGAGUCACAGCAUCGCCAAAUCAAGCAGGAACUUUGUGAGCAAGAGCAACGGGAACAGGAAGGAUCCUCACCGCACCGACCAAAGGAUGAGGAUUUGGAUCGGGAAAACGAGCUGGAACCAGCUGGAAAUGAAGAACCAGAAAACAAGGGACAGCUAGAAGAUGAAGAUGACCGGGAAGAGGAUGAUGAUUCUGCUAGUGAGAAUCCCCAUCACCAAGAGCAGGAAAACGAUCUAGUAGACACUGAAGAAUGUAACGAAGCAGCAACCAAUGAUGAUGCGAUGGAGGAAUGUGAACAGCACGAGGACCAGGAAGAUGAAGAAGAGUACAUCGAAGUAGAACACACGACGCUGGAUGAUGGCGCGAAAGGAACCACCCAUGAACGUCUACAUCGUCGGUCCUCGAACAUGUUAUUGAAUGGUGGAAAGGAUUGUUCUACACUCACAGUCGCUACUACAACUAGCACGACCCUUCCAGUUGUUACUGCGGCUGAGUAGAGUGGGUUGUAGCACACAAAACAACCCUUCUUUCGGUAGAAUUAGCUUCUCUUGUUAUCGUUUAGAAUAUAGGACGCGAUAUGAUAGAAUGGAAAAAAGGCUUAAAAUGCACAACAGAAGCAAGAUACACACUACAUUUCCGAUCCGAUCUCGUCCUUUUGUAGCAACAAGGACAUGGUAGCUGCCAUCGUAAUAUAAGAAGUGCAGUUCAUCAGCAAAUUCCUAACUCCUUAGCUCCAUUAGUAUUGUACAUUCGUGGGAGAUUCGUUUAGUCUAGUAGCUUAGCAACGGCGAUGGUUAGAUUCGUUCCUUUUUAGACAGAGAAAGCAAGCAGCGCUCUUUCUGUCCGCUCUGCUCUGGCCCAGUAAACUAACUAAAUCCUACUUAGAAAGAAAGAGAGAGAGGGAGAGAUAGGAACUAGUGAACUACCUACUAUACCGCGUAUUAUCAUAAUAUAACCAUAUCAAAACAAAACACUCCAAGACGCUUUUAGAGAAAAUGUAAUAAUAGUACCAGUGACUUCUUUUUGUAUAUUUAUUACACCGCACGUAUGUAAACACAUGCACGCACGAUGAUCAUGAUCAAUAAAGAAAGUAGUAAAAACAUUA